AUGUAUUGCAUAUUGGGCAUAGACAAAUCUGAAAUUGUAACAGAACAUAAAUAUACUUAUUACGGAAAAGGCUUUUAUCAAAGCCAACAGUUACAAUUCACUCUCACUCCUUCUUCACACUUCAACCAAACUACAACGAAGACUGAAGACCCGAAGAAACCUCAAGAAUAUUCAACCAACGAACGACGACACCGUUUCCGGUCUGCGGCGUUCAAGUGCCCCGAUCGACGAACGACGACCGGUACGAUCCCGUGA